AUGACAUCGACCCCGCAGCCUCCCCGCGAUCUCGCGCACGCCGCCCCACCCGCGCAGGACCUCACCGGCCUCGGCCUCGGCCUCGCGGCCGCGAGGUCCCUCCGCCACCGUCCGCCUCGCCAAGGAUCGAUGCCUUCAGGUGGUUCUGUGGAGCACCAGACCAUUUCAGGCUCACUGAUCCACUCAAUGAUUCAGUUCUGCGGAGCACCAGAGUACUUCAUGUUCAAUGAUCCGCAGCCGGUGAUCCCACACCAUGCGGCCGCGGAACCCAGUCCCAAUGCUCCCGUGGCCACCCUCUCCAGGGCCACCAACACAGAGACCGACAACCCCGAAGACUGGGAGUUCAUCUCCGACGAGUCGCUCAACUACAUCAGCCGGAUGCUCAUGGAGGAGGACAUUGAUGAGAAGGUCAGCGUGUACCAGGAGGAGUCCGCCACGCUCCGUGCCACCGCAAAGCCCUUCUAUGACAUCCUUGGGCACAAGUUCCCGCCGUCCCCUGACCGCACGCUCACCACUUGGUCCCUGGACAGCCCCAGUGAGAGCAGCAGCAGCGGUCAUGCCCAGUCCUUGUCCAGUGUGGGUACUAGCGGCAGCAUCGGUGGUGCUGUUCAUAGCAACCAGUGCCAUAAUGUUGGACACUCUGAGCAGCUGGAAGCUUAUCGCGGCUUCUGUGGCCGAUCUUCUCAGCCACUGGUUGCCUCAUCAAGUGGUGUUUCUGAUGCAGCAGAGUCACUAGAAGAUCCUUUGAUCACCAACGGCAGGAUCCCCGAGUAUUUGUUCGAGAGCCUUCCAACUUGGGAUUUCAGGAGAGGUGUCGAGGAAGCACAGAAGUUUCUCCCUGGUGGUGAUAAGCUAGUGAUUGAUUUAGAAGCUGCUGGUGUCUCAAAGCCUCAAGAAGCAGUGAAAGACAUUCCUUUCAAUGUCAGCAGGACAGAGGUCUUGAAGGCCAAGAAAAACAGACAGAGCGAAGAUCUUGACUUGAUAGAAGGACGAAACAUUAAACAAUCUGCAUUCUGUUCCGAUGAGCCUGAUGAUUGGGUUGAGAUGUUUGAUGAUUUGUUUCGUCAAACUGAAAAGAAGGCUACAGUUCUGCGAGAAAAGAUGCGCAGCGAAGCUUCCAAGAAUUCUCAGGUCAUUCAAACGAAAGGAACAACUGGGGUGAAGACACGGGGCAGGAAGCCGACAAAAAAUGAUGUGGUGGACCUUAGGACCAUCCUCAUCCACUGUGCACAGGCAGUGGCAGCUGAUGACCGCCGAACUGCUAAUGAGUUGCUGAAGCAAAUAAAACAGCAUUCUAAGGUAAAUGGGGAUGGCAGCCAGAGGCUGGCGUUUUGCUUUGCACAGGGUCUCGAGGCUCGCUUGGCUGGUACAGGGAGCCAGCAGUACCAUAGGCUUGUAGCAAAGCGGACAACCGCGUCCGACAUGCUUAAGGCGUACCAUCUUUACUUUGCAGCAUGCCCAUUCAAGAGGCUCUCACAUUUCCUCUCCAAUCAAACAAUCUUGAGCAUGACAAAAAAUGCAAAGAAGGUGCACAUAAUUGACUUUGGCAUUUAUUUUGGCCUCCAAUGGCCAUGCCUCAUCAGGCGUCUCUCCAAGAGGGAAGGUGGUCCACCAAUUCUUCGCAUCACGGGAAUUGAUGUACCCGAGCCUGGUUUCCGCCCUACCGAGCGCAUCGAAGAGACGGGACAGAGGCUUGCGGAGUAUGCCAAGAAGUUUGAGGUGCCUUUUGAGUACCAUGGCAUAGCAUCAAAGUGGGAAACCAUCCGUGCUGAGGAUCUCAAGGUUGGCAAAGACGAAGUGGUGAUUGUUAAUUGCCUGUACCGUUUCAGAAAUCUUAUUGACGAAACAGUGGCUGUAGACAGCCCUAGGAAUAGGGUGCUCAACACUAUAAGGCAAGUGAAUCCAGCAAUUUUCAUCCAUGGGAUUGUGAAUGGGUCAUACAGUGUUCCUUUCUUCAUCACACGUUUCCGUGAGGCAUUGUUCCAUUUCUCUGCAUUGUUUGACAUGCUUGAGGCAACUGUGCCGCGGGAUGAUGACCAGCGUAGGCUCAUAGAGAGGGAUCUCUUUGGCCGAGAGGCACUCAAUGUGAUUGCAUGUGAGGGCUCAGACAGAGUCGAGAGACCAGAGACAUAUAAACAGUGGCAAGUCAGGAACCUGAGGGCUGGAUUUGUUCAGUCUCCGUUAAACCAGGACAUUGUGAUAAAAGCCAAAGACAAAGUGAAAGAUAUAUAUCACAAAGAUUUUGUCAUAGACGAAGACAGUGGAUGGCUCCUCCAAGGGUGGAAAGGAAGGAUAAUUUAUGCUAUAACUACAUGGAAGCAUAAUAACAGUUAG